GUGGUCGUGGAAUGUCGAAGUAUGUGAUGUACAGUUGUUAACCUAACAAAUUUAACUUGAGUAUUUUAGUAGGGUAAGGAAACGUAGUUCAGUUAUGACUGACAAAAAUGUUAAUGGAAUAUGAUGUGGCGAAUAUUUUGCUUUCAGCUUUUAACAACGUCUGUAUUUUUUCCGAAGUUACUUGAAGUCAUCGGCGUUUUCUACGUAUAUAUGUUGUUGGUCGCUAAAAGAAAUGGUAUGACAUCAUGUCCCAACUUAAAUACUGUGUUUCCCACUAAUAUCUAAAAUAUGACAGAAAGCAACAUGGCAGCCAGCAAACCACAGUUUGAUAUACUGCUUGGUGGCACCCAGAACCUUCCUUUAGAAUUUUCUGUUGGAAGGUUCGCAGCAGCUCGAGCACAAGAAAUAGCAGCAUUAACUGAAGCCAUAGAAGAUCCUCAGAGGACAGGCUUGGUAUUCCAGAAGCUGCCGAAACAUAUGAGAAGACGAGUUAUGAGUCGCACUUCUAAACGCUUGCCACGAAGAUUGAGGGAGGCUCACAUGCAACAGUUAAUGAAAAGUGGAUUACCCCCAGAACCCAAGAGACCUAGCAGAAAGUUCAGACGUCGUCCACAAAAUUUACUUCUGGAGUACAAUCGUCGACAGAAGAGAUUUAUUUGGCUGGAAACCCACUUAUGGCAUGCUAAGCGAUUCCAUAUGACUGAGAAAUGGGGCUAUAAACUGGCAAAUUUCCCAAAUGAUAAGAGCUUUCGAGCUUGCUAUCGGGCCACGGCCAACCAUUGCUUGUUGCAGGAUAUAUCUUACUACAGCUGCAUCGAAUUGAACGGUCCAAUGGACCAGCUCUUAGAGCAACUACAGAAACUUACCAAUAAAGACUGUGGCUUGACAUUUGGAGCAAAAGCAUUUCUAACUGGCGCACGAGAAGGUUCUGUGAUGCUGUUCCAUCAAAACAUAUUCCCAUAUGGGGCCAUAGGAAGAGUUAGUUUCUUGUGGAAACCAACAGAAGUAGUUAAAUCUGAUGACAGUGUGCAAGUAGUUGAAACUAGAACCUUAUGGAUUUGGGUUCAUCCUGCAUUUUAUCAAGAACUGUUAGACGAACUAAUCUUGUUAUUCCAUUUCGUUGAAGUUGACGAUGUAAAAGACACUGAGUUAAACAAACAGUCAUGUCCUAGCAAAGAAUUUGCUGAAAAUUCUUCCAGUUCUGAUACCAAAAUAUCAGAUGAAACCACAUCAUCACCAGCUGAGAAGAAACGUAAACUCGGCAAAGUUAAUGGAAAGAAGGACGUAGAAAAGACAAAACUUGAAACAAGAAACGUACCAUUUAUAAGAACUCCAAAGUACCUAAGUCAUACAGGCAGUGUACAAAUGAUAUUGUUGAAGGACACGUUAAAUAGGUUCCGUCUCACAGGCCCCCUCUCACAGGCAGUGCUGUUAGAAUCACUGCACACUGCAAACGUUUUGGAGGUUGUGUCAGAGAAGAAUAAAACUGAUUCCAAAGGGGGGGAGGAUUCAUUAGAUACGAGAACGGUUUGUUUGCAGUCCAGUGAUGCAUCUGAUAAUGACUGUAAGACGGGGGAAAGUAAGGAUUGGUGGACAGAGUUUUAUGGAGUGUCACAGCAUCAUAAGGAAUCAUGGCAUUAUCAGGAAACACUGUGGCAGGCCCUGAAAGGCGCAGCAUCACCUGCACAGCUGCCACCGCACUUGGUGUUGGCACUCACCGUACUAGACCCAAGAUUGCAACUGCCUUCAAAACGGACAAAAGCUGUGCCAGACGAGAAAGCUCUGUGGGAACAGGAAUCCAAAGAUCAGGUGAUGUCACUCUCGUCACUGGCUUGUGUGAGUCCAAUCUGGAGUUCUCAUGUACGAGACCUUGCGACGAACUCCAAGAUGUCAUCGGCCGAGUUGGCGGAUAGCCGCUCCCAUAACCUUGUGCCGGGAUUUCUAUUAGAGGAGUUUGAGACUGAUGUUGAAGAAGGCACCUCAAAUUUCUGCUGUCGCAAUGUAGGGCAGGUGAAGUCUCAUGUUCCCAUUCUCCUCAUCCAGCGACCGGGUAGUCAGGAACCAGUGCGUAAGAGGCUCGGUUUUGCAUCAGGCUGGGAUGUGGUUAUGCCCGCUGGAUGGGCCUUACCUUUAUGGUUGGCCCUAGUGUUCCGUGGAGCCCGUGCUGGAGGCCUGAGAGAGUCCGGGUCUCUGGGGUUUGAGGCAGGCAGUGAAUCCGUGUUACCACCUGAUACAGUAUCUGGCAGCACUGAAGCCGAGGCCCAGAAAACCCGAUUGACUGAACGCCAUUUCAGAUUACCGCCGGAUAAAAGACCAAAUUAUGUAAAACUUGGUGUCACCAGUCCAUUUUUCUGUUGCUGGGAUGUUCUCGUCAAUGAAUGGUCACAAAGGACCUCUGAAAAUGUUGAUAUGCAGUGCAAAACAGAAAACAAAACUCACUCAUCUAAAUUCUUUGUCUUACGAGAGAGGAAGAAGUUGGAGUCUCUGAAAGCCGCUGUCAGCACGCUGAACACAAAGAACAUUAAAAACAGUUCUCGGAUUGUUUCAGACUUCCCUGAUUUAAGCAAUUUGUUCCCAAGUUGUAAGGACUGUUGCCUUGUGCCUAUAACAAUUUACAUGUGUGGCAGAGGAAGUCCGACAGAUUGUGCCAUCAUAUGUCUUCCCUCAGAGAUGGAUAUAGACGACAUAUCCAAAGACGUCCACAGUCCAGGUCCGACAGAGGGGAUCCAUAAUGAUGAGCGUCAAAUGGAACGGAAAGAACUACGGACAGAACACAAGAAACUGCUGAAACGUUUACGCAGGAAACGAGUGAGGGAGAGACGGAAGCUUGAAGACCUCGCUGCAGUAAAGCGAGGCAACUCAGAAGAUGAAAGUCAUCCUAAACCUGUUCCUGUAGUCAGAAAGAGAAAAGCAAAGGAACCUCCCCCGACUAAGGGUGUAACAGAUAAACACCAAGAUAUAUUGCGUUCUCUCUGGUUGCCGCAGACGCAGACUGUAAAAGAUUCAUGCAGUAGGACAGUUAUUGGUUUCAUAACCAAGGGAGACUUCUGCUUCACAGAAUCGCACGGAGCUGGCCAAGGGUAUGUGGUUCUUUCAGCCCUUUUGCAGUUGGUAGCAUUAUAUCAGAGGAGGUUAAGGGAGGGAAAUGAUGUGUCUGCAGUUUGGGUAUUGGUACGAAAUCCCACCAGUCUACAGUAUCGUUUUGGAGUAAUCAACAUUUGAAGUGCAACGCAGGCAGAGUAUCUUCGAUGUGAUGUGUAGAGUAUUGCAUGUCUGUCAUAAUAAAACUGCUGUCUUCCU